AUGGAGGCUUCUUCGUAUCUUUCAUCUUGCAGACCUACUCUUCCUAAGCGCCUUCGUCAGAGCAGAAGAAAGGGUCAUAACAUUAGAGUUGUGAGAGCAAGUUGUGGAAGAAAUGAAGAGGGUAAAAUGGUGGAUGAGAACAUGAUAGUGCUGAGAUUGCGCAUAAAGAAGAUGGAGAUGUUAGAGAUGAAUCGAGAGGCACCUGCGGAGUGGAUGGAUUGGGAGAAACAGUACUAUGAUCAGUACGAUGAAGAUGUUUGUAAUGCAAUAGGGUUGCUGCAGAGUUUUUUGAUGGAGACUAGACCAAGUUUUGCAUUAGGGAUGGUAACACUGAUAGCUUUCAGUCUUCCAAUUUCUUCUGCAACCCUUUUGUUUUCUGCAUUCCAAAUCGGAAAGACCAUGUUCUCUAGCUUUGGCUUAUGCUAA